AUUAGGACCUAAAUUUUGAGUUAUUCAUUGUUUAAGAACUGGGUGGAGGGGUCGCGCUUGUUGUUCUGGAGAGUGAACUUGAGGAAGGCACGUUGCGAGUUGCCUUGAGAAUUAAACCCAAAAACGGGACAGGUUUGAAAAUUCAGUCAAUUUGGUGGCAAUUUAGUGUAGAAUUGGGAAAUGGUGUCUUUUUAGGAACCUGGAAGGGGAGAGGGUGGGAUGUUUUUUAUUCCUUCGGGAAUAAAAUAGUCUGAGGAUAGCCUAAACUGUUUGCAUGACAAUGCUCGUGAGGGAGGGAGGUUUGCAUGAAUCGACGAUAAACCCUAGUUGCAAGUGUUUUGUUGUGUGUUUCUAGGGUGGGGGAGACGGUUUUGGAAACGUAGGUGUCACAGAGAAAUACGUAAUAGCAAAAAAUACAUUUGUUCACUUACUUCGUCGCUAGAAUCAAUCCUAAACAACCAAAUAGCAACCAUGUUUCGUACCUUCGACCCACGCUGCACAGCAGUUUCCAAAACUAAUUAACCCUGUGUAGACAAUGGUUUGGUAUGUGAUUGUUGACAGGCAUCAACUAGUAUUGAAGUAGGAGGAGUAUUGUAAACGAAAACAAUACCACGCAAUCUGAUGCUACGUUUUCCAUAAAAAGGGGUCCUCGAAUGCAAAAAAUCAGUUUUCAUGAGAAGUCAUGAGCGAAGUCAAGAUGGACCAGGAAUAUAAUGAAGAUGUGGAGCAGAAAUUUGGGGUGCAGCGUGAUGCAAUGGAAGACGAAGAAGACGAUACGCAGAUCGUAGAAGAUGAGAUCCCCCGCCCCAAAUGGAUUUCUUCGAUGAAAUUGCCGACGAGGAGAAUACGCAGAUCAUGGCAGACGAAAUACUCCAGAUUACGCCAAUUGAGCAGAGGUCGGCAGUCGACUGCGACGAAAGUGUUAAGCCCAAAAAAAAGAAGUCCAAAGCCUCAUCAUUUAUAAUAGCACAAGCAGCACAUGACAGUGCUAUGAGCGACGACGAGGAGGAUGACAGUUGUAACAGCCACCCUAGUUUUAUAACGGACACGGCAAUGUCGCUGGAGGAGCUGCCAGAAACAAGCAUGAUGAACGAGGCUGGUAUCGAGCAUGAAGAAGCCCUUGCCUUUGUCAAAGACCUGCAGGAGAAGCAUAACAUGCAAGUAGACAGUCACUCUGACAGUCCAAAUGAAAGCGACAGCGACGCUGGUAUAAUUUCUGGAGACACUCGAGCACACGAUGACUUCUUUCCUGCUGCAUUUUCCACGCAACCAACGGUGAUGGGGCCACUAGAAUUCGAUUUCAAGAAGCGGGUCUAUGACACACUGCAGUUACCGUGCAGGCUGCAAGGAAACAACAAACGGCCUACGGCUGCGCACCCAAAGGCACACACAUUCAAAAGUUGUGAGCAGUUAAAUGCAAGCAUCCGAUGCUGGAAGCAAGAUUACUCUUGCUUUCUCGACGCAACAAGAGACACUGCUGACGAGCAGUCUGUUGAUGAUGCGAGGAAAUCUCUUAACAAGUGGGAGAUUUUCCUCAAAUCAGGCAAGCCGACAGACCAGAUGGAGCCUCUGGUAACUGGUAUUCUCGAAUAUGAUCAAUGUCUCCAAUGCGCACGGGUAGACCUAUUUGACAAUGUUAUGAUAUGGGGGGCACCAUCUUGGUCAGAUGUAAGUGUCCAGUUAACACACGGAUUUCCACGCCGGCUCAUCAAGGCCAAGCAUGGGGGUUUUACAGAGACAAAUGUCACAUGCACUAGCAAGGUAACAAAUGCGAUGCUUCGGAAAUUUGCCAAGGAAGACGUCUUGUCCCUCUGUUCCCAAGAUGUAAUUGAGAAAACAAGCCUUACAGUCACGGAGCUGGCGUACAGCAGGUUGUCAUCUAUCAACAUCAAACAGGCACUUGGAAGGAGUAAUGUACGUCUUCAGGAAGCUAUGUACCGGUAUGGUAUAGAUUUUCUUAAAUUCAAACCUCUCGGAAAAGAAUCCCUCCGGGAGCUAAGCGAGUUUGUCCAGAAAAGACGUGUAAGCCACUUGCCUUCAAGCGAAGAAGAUGUUAGUGAAGGUGAAGCUGAGGCUGACGAGCAAAGCUCGCAGUUGAUGUCCGAUCGAAUUGUCAAAGAAGUGAUGGGCGAUGGCCGGCCAUUAGAAAAUUCACAAAAUGAAAAACUGCUUACCUCAAAGCUUACUUCCAAGAUGACUCACUUCAAGGAAUCAGCUGAAUCCAAGGGGAAGGCACGGCCAUCGUCUGCAGCGUCAUUGCCUGUAGCUGAAGGUACAAUGCCAGCUACAUCAGGGGAAGCCUCUACAUCAGGGGCAACGGCAUCCACAGCAGCAAAAGCAGCAAUUCCGGAGGAUUCAAAGGCUUCUAAGGUGAUUUCCUUGACUGAGGAAGAGCAGCUACUUGCAAUGCUGAACAAAGCUGCCCGAAUGCUUGGCAUUGACAGGGAUGAUUGGGAGACAUUGCAGAAGUUGCACUUUGAGAAAGCUGCAAGUUUUUUAUCAAAAGUUGGUCCCAACUCUGCAAUCUGCUCAUCGCCUGCCUUCACAUAUAACACCGACAGAACCAGGAUAAACACAGCACUGAUCUCUUACUUGGACUCGCAAAAUAUUAAGGUCUUGUGCAGGUGCACAAGACAGUGUAGGUACACGAAUCCUAAUGAAAGCCAGCCAACCAUCAAAGACAACAUAGGUUCAGCUUGCGAUAUCCCAGACUGUCCGAUGUGUGAUUUGGUUAGUCACGUAAAGUCUCUAUUUAAAACUUGUCCUCAAUUCUUUUCUUUUCAAAUUAGCAUUGCUGCUAUCCUCUGCAAUCUAAGACGCUGCUCGCAAGACAAAGACGCCUGCAGCACAGCAAAACUGGAAAGAUUCGUAUCCGACAGCUUUAACAUAGGUAGAACGAGAUUCUACCAGCUUUGCAAUGUUGGUGAGAUAACCAGAAUAGCCCCGCAGUUAAAAGAUGUGAAUCCUUCCAAACAUAACACGUGUUUUUGGGAGGUCUUUUCAAAUUUGGGAGCUGUGAUAAAAAAACUCGACGAUCCUCAAGGUAAACAGUUUGUGAUGUUGUAUUGGAAGAUUCGGGUGCUUGCCGUGUGUAAACUGUUAAACUAUCCGCUAGAUAUCCUGGAGCAGUGGCUUCUGAAGACAAAGUCUGACUCCAAAGAACUGGAAAAGAUUUUCCAAGAGAAGAAGCUCUUUACUGACAGCCAAGUGGAAAGCUGGAAAGAGGAGAACAUUAUUUUGUAAAAACUCAUUUUAUUAAUUUUCAUAUUAUUAAAUAAUCAUUUGCAAAAAUGACAUUUUAUUAAACAGAACUAAUGGUCGUCAGCAUCACUUAAGCAAGGGUACAUGAACCUAGGGUUUAAGAACUUUCUUGCAGAAAUUUGCCUUUUCAAUUCUGCAAACUUUACACUUCUGUUAAGCCAAGCAAUCUGGUAUAAGCUCAUUUUUGUGGGACGUAACUAAUUAAUUAAGAUGUAUUUUUACCAAAAGAACCAAAAAGGUAACAGAAAAUUGAAUUGUUGAAAUAGAACUAUGUUAAAUAUAUGUUAGAUAUUAUGUUAAAUAUCAGCUGUUAUUAUGAAACAGUUCUUGCUAUAA